AUGGCUCUCGAAGUCCCCAAUUGGCCAAUAUUUAGGAAUUCAAGAACACCAAUCAGAUCGUCAUCAAGCCAAACGCCAACCAACGACGAUGCGGACAUUGUUAUUGAGGGGCAGCUCCUGAAGCCUCGCCGGCUCAGACGUACAGCAAGCGGGCUCGUCGAUUGUCAUCGCGUUCUCACCCAUACAUUCGGGUACACCGCUUACAAAGGACGACAAAAGGAGAUCGUCGAGGCGGCCGUACGAGGAGCAGAUGUGCUCGUCGUCGCUCCCACUGGUAUGGGCAAGAGCUUGUGUUUUCAGAUUCCGGCAAUUGCAGACCAAUUCGGUGUGUCUAUUGUGGUGUCACCGCUACUUGCAUUGAUGAGCAAUCAGGUUACUACUCUCAGAGAGAAAGGCGUCAAUGUGGCCUCUCUAUGCUCGGACACAUCACAAGCUGAGAAAUCAAGGAUAACGAAAGACCUCUCCAGCGGUCAUCCGCGUAUCCGACUCCUCUACAUAACCCCCGAGAAACUUGCGAGCGCUGAGUUCUCCAAGUUGAUGAUGAAAGUGUACGACAAUCGGCAAGUCAUGCGACUUAUUGUGGACGAGGCACAUUGUAUCACAGAGUGGGGCUGGGACUUCCGGCCCGAAUAUCGGACACUCGGAAACUUUCGCCAAAAGUAUCCUGAGGUGCCGAUUAUGGCACUGACCGCUAGCGCAACCGCUGCUGUGCAAGACGAUAUUGUUUCGUCUCUGAAGAUGUCCUCCGAGCACCUCCUUCGCGUCGUUCACCCCUUCAAUCGCAAGAAUCUUUUUUACGAAAUCAAAUUUGUGGCUAACACUGAGCCUCACUUGAUCAUGCAAGACCUCGUCGAUUAUAUCCUCAAGCUCACUGAGCGCCGGGGCCGUGCCAGUUGCGGGAUUAUCUACUGUCGUGCGCGUGCAGCAUGUGAUCAAGUAGCGGGGUUUCUGAGGAGAAAGGGUAUUACAGCCAAGCCCUAUCAUAGGGGUGUGUCUCCGAAGGUGCUGGCUACAACGCUACAGGAGUGGCUGGAUGAUAAAGUGGAGGUGGUGGUGGCGACUGUCGCAUUUGGCAUGGGAAUCGACAAGCCAGAUGUACGAUACAUUCUGCAUUAUGACUUGCCGAAGUCAUUCGAGGGAUACUAUCAGGAAACUGGUCGCGCUGGCCGAGAUGGAUCGGCAUCGAAAUGCAUUCUUUAUUACUCUAUAGAAGAUGCACGGAGGGCCAUGUUCUUGGUUCAGCAGGAUCUUCAGAAGCGAAUAAAAGGGGCUAAUAAAACGGCUACACCCUCUCAGAGAGCACCAAAGAGCCUCGAACUGCUCAUUCGCAUGGCCGAAAAUAUCAAGACGUGCCGGCAUGUUUCGAUAUGUCGAUACUUUGGGGAAUCCAUCGACGACAAAGACCGGGAUGUCCUCAAAACUUAUUGCGACAAAAUGUGCGAUGUGUGCAAGCAUCCUGAGAAGGUCAGGCAGCGGAUACAAGAUCUGGCAUCGGACGAGCACAUUGCUUUUGCAAGUCCUCCACUAGAUCAAGAUGUUGAAGCAGAAGACGAGGAACCCGUGUGUAUCAAGCAGGAAACGCAGGGACGGCUACAAAACCUGUGGAGCAGAAGCCUGAGAGACGAGCUGGAAGACUCUGCAGAAGAACAGGAUGAAUCUUCUGAAGGAGAGGGCACGAUCAAGGAGAUCGUCACGUAUCAACCCAAGCUGUUGCAGUUCCCAAAGAAGUUCAAACCUCCCACAGCAGGGAGUUCGUCAGGCGCGUCCGCUCCGAGAUCGUUGCUAGGACGAGUAGAUUUAGCCGGAGCGACAAAGCCAACAUCCGCACCUGCUCCGACCCCCGCACAGAAGAACUCUACGCUGCAGACGAAUGACCCGCCUAACACCGUGUUGGAAAUUAUGGGUGACCCACCAGGCCAACCAGGAUUGAUCCAAGCGCUGCCUCGCCGUCUCUCUGACGCGUCGCGACCCCCAGAGGAACCAUCAGCAGCCGAGCCACCCAAUCGAAGGUCGAAGGUUAACGGAAAGCGACCACUGAGUGAAACCGAGGUGAAUGCACCGGAAGAUGGGCCAAAACACCCGCGGAACAAUCUUGCCGACAUUAUUCGCAAUGGACCGACAAAGUCCACCAGACCUUGGGUUCGACAUGCAUCCAAACCUAUGUUCAAAUCUCCCUUCGUAAAGCCGCAAGCUGACAAAAAUCAGCCAAUGGACCCACCACCGCCUAAUCCUCUAUCCGGUAUCACCGACCAUGCCAAGGACGGAGAUGAUAGCACAGGUACAAAGCCGACCUCGGAGGACAUGCUUGUGAUUCCGUCGCAGAAGACAUCGGACCACAACAUUGGCAGGACAACGGUCCUGCCCACACAAGAUAAGGGGAAGAGAGCAAGAGAGAUCGCCCUUCCACGAUCCAUUGGCCAGCCGCUGCAAUCUGUAGACCCAACAAGUGAGGAGCGCUGGAAUAACGCCCCUGAUGUCCUGGUCUUCGCACUGAAAGUCGAGGUGCCCCAUUGGAAUAAAAUUCCUCACCAAUCCAGAGAUAGCGCUGCCACCGCCAUUGUCCGCCUCCUCGGGUCUGCGAUGCUACAGUACUCUCGCAGGGAUGAGUUAUGGCAACGGGUCGGGUUACCCAAUGCUGAUCGAGAGUUGAAGCGUGAUAUCCUUCAGCAAUGUGCGAAAGAAAUAGAAUUCGACAUGGUCAACCUAGCAGCCACUCCUGAAGGGUACAAAUCAAGCUUGCAGUCGAGAGAAACUGGCAUUAAGAUGAUGAGGGACGUUUCCAGCGCAGCUUGGCGGGAUGGGCCAGAGAGGGACCCGGACACACUCGAAGCAAGGGCUGCAGUGACCAUAUUGCGUAAUAUCUGUAAGAAUAGAGCCAAGCAUGUUCAUAGUGCAACAUGA